UUCAGCAGAGGGCAUAUGUGACUGAACUUUGAUUGUACCACGGUGUUUGGCCUUUGUCUGGUGUAGAUAAACUCUUUUAUGUAGCCCUAUUGUAAUUUUUCGAAAGUAAUGGCGACUUGUGACGACGUGCGGGACAACGUGAAGAAAUAUUAUGGCAGUCGACUGGAGUCCUCAGGUGAUUUGCAAACAAGUGCUGCCUCCUGCAGUUUGCACUGCCGCCCAGUGCCAAGAAGUGUCACAGAUGCACUGAGCCUGGUUCACCCGGAGGUGACCAAAAGAUUCUUCGGUUGUGGUCUUCCAUUCCCAGCAAAACUUGAUGGCUGCAGGGUGCUGGACCUUGGCAGCGGCUCUGGCAGAGACUGUUAUGCCUUUAGUAAACUUGUUGGACCAAAGGGACAUGUGACAGGGAUCGAUAUGACAGAGGAGCUGAUUACUGUAUCUCGUCAGUAUACUGAGUAUCAUCAGAAGAAGUUUGGCUAUAAGGAGCCUAAUGUGACCUUUGUCCAGGGGUACAUGGAGAAUCUUGGUGAAGCUGGCAUACAGAGUGACUCAAUGGAUGUUGUGCUAUCCAACUGUGUAAUCUGUUUGUGUCCUGAUAAAAGAACAGUGCUACAGCAAGCCUACAACAUGCUAAAGGAGGGAGGUGAAAUGUACUUCAGUGACAUGUAUGCCAGCAAAGUUGUCCCUGACCACGUGAAACAAGAUACAGUCUUAUGGGGUGAAGGAAUGGGUGGUUCUCUGUUCUGGCAAGACCUAAUUUCUUUGGCCCACAGUGUUGGUUUCAGCACUCCACAUCUUGUUUCAGCAAGCCACAUUGCUGUCCACAACAGUGAACUCAAAGCAAAAGCAGGUGACAUCAGCUAUGCUUCAGGCACUUACCGGCUCUUUAAGCUGCCCAAAAGUCCUGUCAUGUCUGAGGCAACAGUGACCUAUAAAGGGACUCUGGCAGGUUUCCCAGAUCAACUGGACUUUGAUUCAUCACACUGUUUCAAGGUUAAUGUUUACUUUUGUGCUAUGCAGAAAGAUGUUGCAGUGGAGGUAAGUGGAGAAAUGGCAGAAAUCAUCCGGAGUUCCCGUUUCUUCUCUGAUUUCAAAAUUCAGAUGUUGGAUAAACCAGACUCCAGCUCAGAGUCAACACCACAGUACUGCCACCUCAAUCCAUUCCUGUUGGCUGACAAACUGGGAUCGUCUGUAAAAAAAUGCUCCAAAACAAGCAAAUAAAGACGCAGCCGAAUACAGAGGAAACUGUUCUGAAGACUGAGGACAACUGCAAAAAUAAAAUAAAUAAAACGUUUUUUAUUUAAAGGUU